CCCGGCGACAUGAGCGCCCGGCGGCCCGACGCACCCAAGGCGCAGCGGCCGGAUCCCGCGGCCCCGUAAUGGGCUCCUGCGUGUCGCGAGAUCUGUUCACAAGUGUCCAUAAGGACUGUCCUAUGCCCCCGGGCACAGACCCCCUGAACCCAGACCUGUCCUCCAGCCGUCCACCCACCAGUGCUCCAGACCAUGUCACUGGCAAGGACAAACAGAUGGAUUUCUGUUGGGAUCCUUGGCAGCGGUGCUUCCAGACCACCAAUGGCUACCUGUCAGACUCCAGAUCCUGCUCCAGCAACUACAACGUAGCAGCCCUGGCCACCUCGUCCCUUGUGGGCGUGGUGCAGAGCAUCAAGGACCACAUCACAAAGCCCACGGCCAUGGCGCGCGGCCGUGUGGCCCACCUCAUCGAGUGGAAGGGCUGGAGCGCCCAGUGGUCCGGCUGGGAGCUGUCGUCAGCAGAGGACGAGCAUUACUGCUGCCUUCCGGACGAGCUGAGAGAGGCCCGCUUUGCUGCAGGGGUUGCUGAGCAGUUUGCCAUCACAGAGGCCACACUGAGCGCCUGGUCCUCGCUGGACGAUGAGGAGCUGCACCCGGAGAGCAGCACCCAGGAUGUUGUCCACAUACAGGACCUGGAGAGCAUCUACCUGCAGGACAGCUUCCUGAGCCACUCACAGGAUGACAGUCUUCUGGCCUUCUCCUCUGGCCUCUCCCCCGAUGGCUGGCCCUCACCCGAGGAACCCCCCAGCACAGCAGCUUGCCCGCAGCCCCCCAGCCCCGAGCAGCAGCAUCGGCAGCGGCUUCCAGGGGGCCCCGGCCAGGGCUCACUGCCUUCAGUGGACAGCGGCUCCCUCUCCGAGGAGGAAGACGAGGUGUUCUAUAACUGA